AUGAUGCUCAUGGUUGCAGGUGGUAUGCCGGUUACUGUUGAGAAGUUACUGUCAAGCACUGUGACUGUUUUUGUUAAAUGGGCUAUAUAAAUAACGAUUGAUUUGAUUGAGGUUGGUGAUGUUGACCACAACUAUUUCAGAAUGGAAGAGCAGGUCUCUCUCUCAAUCCCUGCCUGUGUUACCCUGACCAGUCUUACUAAGAGUUUGGCUAUGUUCUCCCUCUGCAGAGCUCCCAGUAUGUGCAGUGUGUUGCAGGCUGUCUCCAGCUGAUGUUGAGGGUCAAUGAGUACAGGUUUGCCUGGGUGGAGGCUGACGGGGUCAACUGGUGAGUCUCUGGGUCUGCUACAUCUAUUACUAUUACUGCUAGUCUCUGGAUGAUACUACUACUACUACUACUACUACUACUACUACUACUAGUCGUCUCUGGAUACUAUUAUUAUUACUACUACUAACUACUAUUACUACUACUACUACUACUACUACUACUAGUCUCUGGAUACUAUUACUACUACUACUACUACUACUACUACUACUACUACUAGUCUCUGGAUACUAUUACUACUACUACUACUACUGCUAGUCUCUGGAUACUAUUAUUACUACUACUACUACUAGUCUCACUACUACUACUACUACACUACUAUAUCCUGGAUACUAUUAUUACUACUACUACUACUAGUCUCUGGAUAUUAUUAUUACUACUACUCCUACACAACCAAACUACUACAAAAACCCUAUCCUACUCCUCCCCCUUUUGUUCCUGGAAAAACAAAUUAUUACUACACUUACACACUACUACUACAAAAAGCCCCUCGGGAAACCUUUUAUUACUACAAACUACUACUACUACAAACUACAAAUUACUAUUUACUACUACAGCCCCCGGGGGUUUUAUUAUUUAUUACUACUACUACUAGUCUCCCCUACUACACAAACUAUUUACUAACUACUAUCUCUGGAUACUAUUACAAACUUUUACUACUACUACUACACUACUACUACUACUACUCUAGUUCUGGAUAUUAUUAAUUACUACUACUACUACACAUCUCACUACUACUACAAACUACCCCGACUCCCUAGUCUCGGGGAUACUAUUUUACUACUACUACUACCAAACCGGGUUUUUUACUUUUAUUAAAACUACUACUACUAACUACUAUUACUACUACACUAUCUCGGGAUAUUAUUUUUUAAACUAUUCUACUACUAGUCUCACUACUACUACUACUACUACUACUACUACUAGUCGUCUCUGGAUACUAUUAUUACUACUACUACUUCCCACGGGGGGCCAGUAUGAAAAAAUAAAAUAAUAUAUGCACUCACUAACUGUAAGUCGCUCUGGAUAAGAGCGUCUGCUAACUGACUAAAAUGUAAAAUGUACUACUACUACUACUACUACUACUGUUCUCUCUCCUCCCUCUAGCAUCACGGCUGUGCUCAGCAACAAGUGUGGUUUCCAGCUGCAGUACCAGAUGGUGUUCUGUGUGUGGCUGCUGGCCUUCAGCUCUCAGCUCUGUGAGCAGCUACGUCGCUACAACGUGGUGCCGGCUCUGUCUGACAUCCUGCAGGAGUCUGUCAAGGAGAAGGUCACACGCAUCAUUCUGGCUGCCUUCAGGGUACGUACUGCUAGUUAGUUAUGGUAGGUAGUUACAGUAGUUAGUUGUCUAGUUAUCCCUGUCAAGGAGAAAGUCACGCGCAUCAUUCUGGCUGCCUUCAGGGUAUGUACUGCUAGUUAGUUACGGUAGGUAGGUAGUUACAGUAGUUAGUUGUCUAGUUCAGGGUACGUACUGCUAGUUAGGCUGCUCAGUCGGACAACCAGCAUGCUCCAUAUAAGAGAUUAAGGGUAAUGGACAGAUCUAACAUGUUCCCCCGUGAAUUUUCUGAAAGAUUUCAUGAAAGAAACAUAGCUUGGGUGAAGGCUAGAUUGACUGAUUCUUCCUGUGACUGGCAGUCCUUCAAACAUUUGAGAAAUACAUGUCUUACUGUGGUUAGUAAUGCAAAGUCAACAUACUUCUUGAAUUGUGUAUCUGAGAGUGGUGGAAAACCAGCUACAUAAAAAUAAAUAAAUAAAUGAAGGGGAUAACAUCUUUGAGAAACAACUCCACCCUCUCAUUGCCCCAACAGGUUAUGCAGCCUCUGGUCCCAUAACAGAUGAAAAUGAAAUUUGUGUUGCUGUUAAUAAAAAUAGACAUUUCAGCUGGCCAUCUAUUUGGAGAAAAAAAAUCUGAAUAUACCUCAAGCCCCACUAGAGGAAGUGUUUUAUUCGCCUGUCAGCAAACAGCAGAGGAAGAUGCACUGCCAGGCUCUCUCUCUUUUCAUUUCAACCAUUUUAUGCCAAUGAGGUAUUAAGUGCCUUGUACAGAAAUCCACAGGAGCUGAUUUGAUCCCUUUCUACUGUAGUUUUCUGCCCCCCUCACUGUAGAACCUUUGACCCACAUUUUCUAUUUAACAAUUGCUUCUGGUGCUAUCCCUGAGAUCUGGAAGGCAGCGCAUGUCCUCCCCCUUUACAAAGGUGCGGAUCAUUCUGACCUGGAUAACUACCGCCCAAUCUCUAAACUAUCUUGCCUUAGAAUCACUGGCAAACUCUCAGCUAAGAACUUGUUUUACUUCAAAUUAUAUUCUUAAUGUGUAUGAGUCUGGUUUUAGACCUGGACAUGGCACCGUUUCAGCAGCUACGCUUGUCUUAAAUUAUGUGUUAAAUUGCUUAGAUCAUAGGAAUCUAAGCAAUUGUACAUAACUUUAAUGCUACCGUCUCUUAUGACCGAAAAGAGCUUCUGGAUAUCAGAAAAGCGAUUACUCACGUCCAACUUGACAAAGAUUUUUUUCUUUAACGAGUCGGACGCGAAGGAUAUAAUGUUGCUCCCAGACAAGGCCCAAAUCCCCGUCAUUCGCAUGAAGAAAAUGAGGGAAUACAGGGGGCGGAGAUCAGGGUGCCUUGUGAGAAUUAGUCGGCGAGUGGGUACCUGCCUCUACCAUCCGUUCUAUUGGCCAACGUCACUGGAGAAUAAACUGGAUGAGCUCCGUUCCAGACUAUCCUAUCAACGGGACAUUAACUGUAAUAUCUUAUGUUUCACCGAGUCGUGGCUGAACGAUGACACAUAAUACACAGUUGGCUGGGUUUUCCGUUCAUCGGCAGGACAGAACAGCUACGUCUGGUAAGACGAGGGGUGGGGGUGUGUGUCUUUGUCAAUAACAGCUGGUGUGCGAUGUCUAAUAUUAAGGAAGUCUCGAGGUAUUGCUUGUCUGAGGUAGAGUACAUCAUGAUAAGCUGUAGACCACACUAUCUACCAAGAGAGUUUUCAUCUAUAUUUUUCGUAGCCGUCUAUUUACCACUAAGACCGCACUCAACGAGCUGUAUAAAGCCAUAAGCAAACAAGAAAAUGCUCAUGGAUGAUGUUUGCUUAUGGUCUUAUACAGCUCGUCUUAGUGCCAGCACCAGCUGCUUACAAGCAGGAAUCAGAUGACACAGAUGCUAUGCUACAGGACUGUUUUGCUAGCACAGACUGGAAUAUGUUCUGGGAUUCAUCCAAUGGCAUUGAGGAGUACACCACAUCACUCACCAGCUUCAUCAAUAAGUGCAUCGACGACGUCAUCCCCACAGUGACUGUUCAUACAUACCCCAACCAGAAGCCAUGGAUUACAGGCAACAUCCAUCACUGAGAUAAAGGCUAAAGCUGCCGCUUUCAAGGAGCGGGACUCUAACCCGAAAGCAUAUAUGAAAUCCCGCUAUGCCCUCCGACGAACCAUCAAACAGGCAAAGCGUCAAUACAGGACUAAGAUUGAAUCGCACUACACCGGCUCUGAAGCUCGUUGGAUGUGGCAGGGCUUGCAAACUAUUACAGACUAGAAAGGGAAACCCAACCGCGUGCUGCCCAGUGACGCGAGCCUACCAGACGGGCUAAAUGCCUUUUUAAUGUUCGCUUCAAGGCAAGCAACACUGUAGCAUGCAUGAGAUCACCAGCUGUUCCGGACGACUGUGUGAUCACGCUGUCCGUAGCCGAUGUGAGCAAGACCUUUAAACAGGUCAACAUACACAAGGCCGUGGGGCCAGACAAAUUACCAGGACGUGUACUCCGAGCAUGCACAGACCAACUGGCAAGUGUCUACACUGACAUUUUCAAACUCUCCCUGACCGAGUCUGUAAUACCUACAGUGGGGAAAAAAAAGUAUUUAGUCAGCCACCAAUUGUGCAAGUUCUCCCACUUAAAAAGAUGAGAGAGGCCUGUAAUUUUCAUCGUAGGUACACGUCAACUAUGACAGACAAAAUGAGAUUUUUUUUCCCAGAAAAUCACAUUGUAGGAUUUUUUAUGAAUUUAUUUGCAAAUUAUGGUGGAAAAUAAGUAUUUGGUCAAUAACAAAAGUUUCUCAAUACUUGCAAUGACACAGGUCAAACGUUUUCUGUAAGUCUUCACAAGGUUUUCACACACUGUUGCUGGUAUUUUGGCCCAUUCCUCCAUGCAGAUCUCCUCUAGAGCAGUGAUGUUUUGGGGCUGUCGCUGGGCAACACGGACUUUCAACUCCCUCCAAAGAUUUUCUAUGGGGUUGAGAUCUGGAGACUGGCUAGGCCACUCCAGGACCUUGAAAUGCUUCUUACGAAGCCACUCCUUCGUUGCCCGGGCGGUGUGUUUGGGAUCAUUGUCAUGCUGAAAGACCCAGCCACGUUUCAUCUUCAAUGCCCUUGCUGAUGGAAGGAGGUUUUCACUCAAAAUCUCACGAUAAAAAACCUCCUGAUACAUGGCCCCAUUCAUUCUUUCCUUUACACGGAUCAGUCGUCCUGGUCCCUUUGCAGAAAAACAGCCCCAAAGCAUGAUGUUUCCAGCCCCUUGCUUCACAGUAGGUAUGGUGUUCUUUGGAUGCAACUCAGCAUUCUUUGUCCUCCAAACACGACGAGUUGAGUUUUUACCAAAAAGUUAUAUUUUGGUUUCAUCUGACCAUAUGACAUUCUCCCAAUCCUCUUCUGGAUCAUCCAAAUGCACUCUAGCAAACUUCAGAUGGGCCUGGACAUGUACUGGCUUAAGCAGGGGGACACGUCUGGCACUGCAGGAUUUGAGUCCCUAGCGGCGUAGUGUGUUACUGAUGGUAGGCUUUAUUACUUUGGUCCCAGCUCUCUGCAGGUCAUUCACUAGGUCCCCCCCGUGUGGUUUCUGGGGAUUUUUGCUCACCGUUCUUGUAAUCAUUUUGACCCCACGGGGUGAGAUCUUGCGUGGAGCCCCAGAUCGAGGGAGAUUAUCAGUGGUCUUGUAUGUCUUCCAUUUCCUAAUAAUUGCUCCCACAGUUGAUUUCUUCAAACCAAGCUGCUUACCUAUUGCAGAUUCAGUCUUCCCAGCCUGUUGCAGGUCUACAAUUUUGUUUCUGGUGUCCUUUGACAGCUCUUUGGUCUUGGCCAUAGUGGAGUUUGGAGUGUGACUGUUUGAGGUUGUGGACAGGUGUCUUUUAUACUGAUAACAAGUUCAAACAGGUGCCAUUAUUACAGGUAACGAGUGGAGGACAGAGGAGCCUCUUAAAGAAGAAGUUACAGGUCUGUGAGAGCCAGAAAUCUUGCUUGUUUGUAGGUGACCAAAUACUUAUUUUCCACCAUAAUUUGCAAAUAAAUUCAUUAAAAAUCCUACAAUGUGAUUUGCUGGAUUUUUUUUUCCUCAAUUUGUCUGUCAUAGUUGACGUGUACCUAUGAUGAAAAUUACAGGCCUCUCUCAUCUUUUUAAGUGGGAGAACUUGCACAAUUGGUGGCUGACUAAAUACUUUUUUUCCCCACUGUAUGUUUCAAGCAGACCACCAUAGUCCCUGUGCCCAAGAAAGCGAAGGUAACCUGCCUAAAUGACUACCGCCCCGUAGCACUCAGGGACUAUGGUGGUCUGCUUGAAACAUAGGUAUUACAGACUCGGUCAGGGAGAGUUUGAAAAUGUCAGUCGGUAGCCAUGAAGUGCUUUGAAAGGCUGGUCAUUCAACACCAUUAUCCCAGAAACCCUAGACCCACUCCAAUUUGCAUACUGCCCCAACAGAUCCACAGAUGACGCAAUCUCAAUCGCACUCCACACUGCCCUUUCACACCUGGACAAGAGGAACACCUAUGUGAGAAUGCUAUUCAUUCACUACAGCUCAGCGUUCAACACCAUAGUGCCCACAAAGCUCAUCACUAAGCUAAGGACCCUUGGACUAAACACCUCCCUCUGCAACUGGAUCCUGGACUUCCUGAUGGGCCGCCCCCAGGUGGUAAGGGUAGGCAACAACACAUCCUCACACUGAUCCUCAACACGGGGGCCCCUCAGGGGUGCAUGCUUAGUCCCCUCCUGUACUCCCUGUCCGAACGGUUUGGCCUGCAAACUAUGACCCCUCUAUGGAAAGAUGUGACUCACUCUCAGGAAGGUGUUGUCCGUUCUGCUUUACGACCUCCACAGCACAACCCAUUGGGCAUGGCACUGCCACAUUCUCAUUGGUGCCCAAAAGUGAAUAAAAGUCAUCUUGCACAUUCAGCAGGCUCUGGUGUGAAGUAGGCUUUUAGAAGUGCCCCCUUUAUUGUAUUACUACUUAGCAUUAAUGCUGAUCCUUUUCCCCAUUCCUAUCAAUAAAAUAAUUGUAUUAAGUCAUACACAAGUUUUACUGUGAGUUAAGUUUCAAAUGCAUUCUGUCAUGAUGUGAUAGGAAUUUUAACAUUGCUAUUUUUUAACACAAACCAUUUGUAUUUUUAAUCAAACAUUUGAUUAAUAAAGUAUUUAAUCAGUCGUCUUCCUCAAAUGAAGGGGAUGAUGAGGGAAGGAAUCUGAUUUCAUUGGUCCUCAACUCGUGGCUCAGAUACUUAGUUCAGGAUAAAUAGAGUUAGCCUGCCCGGGAGAAGGUUUGUUCUGAAGGAUUUGUUGCCAUAGAAAUGUACCUGGCUAAAGGGUGAGCAACUUUCGAUGUGCCUGUUAUCCAGAGUUUGAACUCAGUGUUGACCAGAGUUACCUUGCUAAACUCCUCAAACCACAUAUGUAGUAUAGGGCUCUGGAGAAGUCGAGUGAGACCCAUCAGGAGUAUGCUCUGGCCGUGAUACAUAUUCAUAUUAUUCCAGAACCUGUUGGAGAAGUCAGCGGAGAGGGAGACCCGUCAGGAGUAUGCUCUGGCCAUGAUCCAGUGUAAGGUUCUGAAGCAGCUGGAGAAUCUGGACCAGCAGAAGUAUGAUGAUGAGGACAUUACGGAAGACAUCAAGUUCCUGCUGGAGAGUCUGGGAGAAGAGCGUUCAGGAUCUCAGGUAGUUUAACCUCUGACCCCUAACCCUAACUUCUCCAGGUCAGAACCUAUACCUUUACAGUGCAUUCAGAAAGUAUUCAGACCCCUUGCCUUUUUCCCCACAUUUUGUUACGUUACAGCCUUCUUCUAAAAUGGAUUCAAUAAAACAUGUUCCUCAUCUAUCUACACACAAUACUCCAUCAUUUCAAGUUGAUAAACAUAUACCUUAUUUCCAUAAGUAUUCAGACCCUUGCUAUGAGACUCGAAAUUGAGCUCAGGUGCAUCCUGUUUCCAUUGAUAAUCCUUGUGAUGUUUCUACAACUCGAUUGGAGUCCACCUGUGGUAAAUUCAAUUGAUUGGACAUGAUUUGGAAAGGCACACACCUGUCUAUUUAAGGUCCCACAGUUGACAGUGCAUGUCAGAGCAAAAACCAAGCCAUGAAGUCGAAGGAAUUGUCCGUAGAGCUCUGAGACAGGAUUGUGUGGAGGCACCUCUGUGGAGAUGGGAGAACCUUCCAGAAGGAAAACCAUCUCUGGAGCACUCUACCAAUCAGGCCUUUAUGGUAGAGUGGCCAGUUUCUAAACCUGUUUUUGGUUUGUCAUUAUGGGUUAGUGUGUAGAUUGAUGAGGGGGAAAAAACAAUUUAAUCAUUUUUAGAAUAAGGCUGUAACGUAACAAUAUUCUGGAAAAAGUCAAGGGGUCUGAAUACAUUUACAUUUACGUCAUUUAGCAGACGCUCUUAUCUACUGGAAGCCAGUGGAGUGUGCGGGGGAGCGGGGUGACGUGAGAGAACUUGGGAAGGUUGAACACCAGACGGGCUGAAUACUUUCCUAAUGCACUGUGUAUAUAGGUUCUAACCCGGAGAGACAGGUAACGUUACUGCUAACCUCAGCUACACUAGCAGGCAUUAUUGUGCUGUUACUUUAACCUGGAGAAACGAGGCUGUUCUGCUAGGCGGUAUGCUAGGCGGUAUGCUAGGCGGUAUGCUAGGCGGUAUGCUAGGCGGUAUGCUAGGCGGUAUGCUAGCAGAACAGUUCAGGGCUUUACUGUGGAGAUCUCUUAAACCACACUGGACCUGUCCUGGACUGACCUCUGAUCAGUACCCCUCAAAUUGAUCUCUCCAGAGUCCAGACAGACAACAGGUCAACGUCUCUCUAUAUUAAGACUGUUGGACUGCGGCUGUUCUUCAACUAAGUUCAUCUGCUAGUUUAUUUACUUGUUAUUGAAGCUUGUUUUCUCUCUCUCAGUUCGUUUGAUGAGUACAGCUCAGAGCUGAAGUCUGGUCGCCUGGAGUGGAGCCCGGUCCACAAGUCUGAGAAGUUCUGGCGGGAGAACGCCGUUCGCCUCAAUGAGAAGAACAUACGAAGCUCCUUCCCCCUAAAUAAUCAUCCCUAUUCUCCUGUAAAGUGA